AUGAUUUGAUCAUAGAUGUGAUGACCAACCUGGCAUUACCAAGAACUAUUACCAAGACCUGGCUGGGUCCAGAAGUGGGAAUGGACGUUUCAGAAAUGCUUGGUAUCAGCCAAGACAACAUGACUAGCAACGUAAUGGUCAUCUGGAAGUUUCUUAAGGCUCUCUGAAGCUUUAUUCUACAAAUUGCUGGAUAUGAAACCCUGUUCAUUUAUGUCAGGGUUUAUGGAUCAUUUGGGAUUUGUUGCUGUACCAGCUAUCCUCUUGCAUAGCAACCCCUGUACCUGAGCUACUGGACUCCAUUGCUAGAUGAAGCUUGCAAGAAGCCAUAGCUGGAUCUACAAAUAGACAUCUUGUCUUUUUACAAUUUGAGCAAGAUAAACUAAAAAGAUUGAUAGCAGAAGAGUAGUAACUGGGGAGGGACUUCCAGUUGACAUCGGGCUGAGAACGGCUGGAAAAUAGCAGGCUCCACCAAGCACUGCAAAAUCAUGUAGGCAACUGCUGUUGGAAGACCCUACAGGACCCAAGCCCCCUUGUAGAGGCAUCGAAGAAAGGAGAAAGUGUGAACCAUGAGGAACUUGCAAUUUCCUUGUUAGGUCCGAAGCAAACUCUCCUGAGUGGCAGCAGGGACAACAGCCAUUUUUGGCUAGUCACAAGCUGGGGCAACUGAGACCAUAAGAUUUGUGCUGGAGCGGUCCAUGGAUAGAGCAUAGAAGCUGGGUGAGAUAAUUUCCAACUCUUACCUUAAAGACUUACCAGUAACUUAGGUACAAGAAUUUCAAAAAAUACUCCAAACGUUAAGGAAGUGGCAAUUAGACAUACAGAGAAGAUUAAAGACUGAAAAUUAGGAGGUGAAAUAAAUGCCCAAAGGAAGCUUUAAAAUAUAGAAAGCUGGAGAAAAAAAACUUAAACAAUUUGAAAGGUAAAUUUUGGAAGAAAGUAUAUUUUUUAUUUGUAUUUUUAAACCCCCUGGAUUUAUUAGCGAAUCAGCUGUUUUUGACAUACUAUUUAAUGUUGGAAUUGGGAGUAGAAGAGCCAUCUACUGGAAGAAGAGGAGCAUUAAAGCAGGAGAAUUUUCAAUGAAAGUGUAUUAUGUGUAAUACACAUAACACAAGAAUCAGCACUUGGAAGGCAACUUGACCUUGAUUUUAUUUUAGAAGAUGAUUUGGAUAUUUUGAAAUUCUCAGUGAACUUCUUUUCUUUUUUAAAGAUUUUUAAGAUGAAUUGCAAAUAAUUAAUCUCUAUUGAAAGUGGUUAUUGAAUUGUGGAUUUGAAAGAUUGGAGGAAACCUAGUAGAUUAACUUGGACUUCGAUUAUUAAUGCUAUUUGAUAGAACAUUCUACAAGGCAAAAGAAGAAAGAUGACAGAACAAAAGAGAAUAGAAAAGUUAAAUAAGGUUUUAAAAUCUGGACAAUUGGGAAGAUAAAUGGAAAAUCAAAAGGCUGUAAAAUAUUAAAGAACUUGAAAGAUUAUAAAUUUAGGGGAUUGGAGUAGUGCUGGGUUGUGGUGGGAGGUUCCGCCCACCUGCCCAGACAUCUCUGCGCAUGCACAAAAGAAGUGGCACUUGCACACCCACAAGUGAACCAGUAGAAGCCAAAAUUGAAGCCCACUACUGGAUUGGAGGUAGAACUAUGGGAUUGACUAAAUCUUACUAAUAAUUGGCUUUGUUGGAGUUUUUAAACACUAAGAUGUUGGAACUGUAAAGGGAUAUUGAAUAAUUUUUAUCAAAUUGUUACAAAAUGGACUAUCAGAAGAUAAUAGAGGGAUAUGAAAAAAUAAUUUUGAUGCUCAAAAGCAUGCAUAAAACUAUAAAGAACAAUAAGGAGACAAAGGGAUUGUCUAAAGAUAAAGAAAUGAGUAAGAAACUUUUCAACAACUGGGGGGAAAAGAAAAAUAUGAUAUUCAGAAAAUAGAUAAGAAAUUAAAAGAGGCAGUGGAAAAGAAAAAUCAAGAAAGAAAAUGGAGGUGAUGAAGAGAAACGAUUGAUAAGUAGGAAUCAAAUAGAUAAUUCUUUAAAAGUUUAUAAUAGAACAGAAAAAAGGGAAAUCUCUUAAAAAAGAACGGUUUAAAGAAGUAGAAAAUACAAAUAGGAAAAAUAGUAUAUAUACUAAUAAACAAUAUAAUUUAUUAUAAUUAAAAAUAAGGUAAGGUUAAAAGAUGAAAGUUUAUAAGAUUAACUGUGUUAAAAUAUAUUGUGAAUUCAAACUUUUAAGGAUUAGAAAUUGUGGGGAUUUUAAGAUAUAAUCCCGGGAUUGAUUAAAUUUUGUUAAUAUUUGGCUUUAUUAGUAGUCCUAGACCCUGCAAAAGCUUGCGGGACGGAUAUUAUUAGUUCGGAGGUAGAAGAGGAGGCUAGAGCUUGAGAUCAUGAGGGUGGUUCCAUCUGUACGGUAAUCGGGAGGGGUAGAUAUGGCGGAAACGGGGGGCCUGUAUCAUGUUCAGGGAGUGCGUGCUCGUUGUUUGCGAACGAUCACGCGCUCCGGUCCCCCUGACUUCUCCCGUGCUCCGGGUGGUCUAAAUCCCCAGAGCCUGGGCCUCCAGCUGAUGUUAUGCAAUGCCAGGUUUGUGGUUAAUAAAGCCCCCCUCAUUUGUGAUCUUAUUCGGGAGGGGGAUGCGGACCUGAUGGGCAUUUCGGAGACCUGGUUGGGCACAGAAGGGGAGGAGUUCCCCUGGUAGAAAUGUGCCCACCGGAUUUCCGUGCAUUUCAUUGGCCGAGGGCCCAGGGUAGGGGUGGGGGAGUAGCGAUUAUUAUAAACGAAGGCCUAGAGCCGAGGGAGAUCACUGUACCACAGAUAGCCAGAUGUGAGACCCUCUUUGUGAAGUGGGGCCUGGGGAUGCAGGUGAGUUUGCUGAUCAUGUACCUGGCUCCUUGCUGCGUGACAGAAACCCUGCCCGAACUGUUGAAUGCGAUCGCCAGGAUGGCAGUUGAGACCCCCAGACUUAUGGUUAUGGGGGAUUUCAACUUGCCGUCGGUUGGUGGGGCAUCCACUUCGGCUCGGGAGUUCAUGGCUUCCAUGGCAGCCCUGGACCUGACCCAGUUAGUAAAUGGUCCCAUUCACUUCAGGGGAAACACUCUCGACUUGAUUUUUCUCUCUGGACAGUGGUUGGAUGGUCUGGAGUUAGGGGAUCUAGUCAUUAAACCCCUGACAUGGUCAGACCAUUCACUCCUUCAACUCGACUUUCGAACCGCCGACCCCCAUCGCAGGGAGCUGGAGCCGGUUCGCUGGUUCCAUCCCAGGUGCCUGAUGGACCCAGAGAGCUUCCAAACGGAGCUUGGGCCACUAUCUGAGGAUUUAGCCCACGGCUCGGCUGGAGACCUAGUCGCCGCCUGGGAAAGGGCGGCGGCGGGGGCUCUAGACCGCGUCGUGCCUUUGCGGCCUCUGACCUGGUGCCAGUCUCGAUUAGCUCCUUGGUAUUCCGAGGAGCUGAGAGAGAUGAAGCGCCGGAGAAGACGCCUAGAGAGUGACCAGACACUAGUUAGGUCUCAAAUUCAGACCUAUCUAGUGGCGAUGAGAGUGGCAAAACGGGAGUAUUUUUCCGCUCUCAUUGCGUCGGCAGAUAACCGCCUAGCCGCCUUGUUUAGGGUGACCCGCUCUCUUCUUCAUCAGAGAGCGGUGGAGGACCCCUUACAUGGACAUGCUGAGAAGUUUGGGCAAUAUCUGCAUUAUAAAAUCGCUCAGAUUCGGGAAGGUUUGGAUUCCGAGUGGGUAGGGUCGGGUGGGAUGGCGGAGGCUGGUCUUGAGGUUACUAUCUGGGAUGAGUUCGAUACUGUGGCUCCUGAGGACAUGGACAGGAUAUUGGGGAGACUGAAUGUGACCACAUGUUUAUUGGACCCGUGUCCCUCCUGGCUGGUGCUGGCCACCCGGGAGGUGACACGAGGCUGGCUCCAGGGAAUUGUCAACGCUUCUUUGAUGUAGGAUGUCUUCCCUACCGCCCUAAAAGAGGGGGUGGUGAGGCCCCUCUUCAAGAAGCCCUCCCUGGAUCCAGUAAUUUUAUUAAAUUACCGUCCUGUCUCCAACCUUUGCUUUGUGGCGAAAGUUGUUGAGAGUGUGGUGGCACGACAGUUCCCCUGGUACGUGGAUGAAACUGUCUAUCUUGACCUGUUCCAGUCCGGCUUCUGGCCUGGGCACAGCACAGAGACGGCCUUGGUCGCAUUGGUAGAUGAUCUCUGGAGGGCCCGGGACAGAGGUUGUUCCUCUGUCCUGGUCCUUUUAGAUCUUUCAGCAGCUUUUGAUACCAUCGACCAUGGUAUCUUGCUGUGGCGGCUCUGGGGGCUUGGAGUGGGGGGCACCGUUUUUCGGUGGUUCUCCUCCUACCUCUCGGACCGUUCGCAGACGGUGUUGGCAGGGGGGCAGAGGUUGGCCCCAAGGCGCCUCCUGUGUGGGGUGCCACAGGGGUCGGUUCUUUCGCCCCUUCUGUUCAACAUCUAUAUGAAGCCGCUGGUCGAGAUCAUCCGUGAUUUUGGGGUGGGGUGUCAUCUGUACGCUGACGAUACUCAGCUGUACAUAUCCACCCCUAACCACCCCAACGAGGCCGUUGAAGUGAUGUCCCGGUGUCUGGAGGCCGUACGUGUCUGGAUGGGGAGAAACAGGCUCCAACUCAACCUUUCCAAGACCGAGUGGCUGUGGGUGCCGGCAUCCCGGUACAGCCAGCUGACUCUAUCACUGACUGUGGGGGGCGAGUCGUUGGCCCCCACGGAGAGGGUUCGCAAUCUGGCCGUCCUGGAUGCACGGCUGUUGUUUGAAGAUCAUUUGACGGCCAUCGCCAGGGGAGCUUUUUAUCAGGUUCGCCUGAUACGCCAGUUGCAUUCCUUUCUAGACCGGGCUUCCCUCUGCACAGUCACUCAUGCCCUCAUUAUGUCCCGCCUAGACUUCUGCAACGCUCUCUACAUGGGGCUCCCCUUGAAGAGCACCCGGAAGCUCCAACUGGUCCAGAAUGUGGCUGCGUGGGUGAUAGAGGGAGCACCUCGUAGCUCCCAUGUGACACCUCUCCUGCGCAGUCUGCACUGGCUUCCGAUGGUCUUUUGGGUGCAAUUCAAGGUACUGGUCACCACCUUUAAAGCGCUCCAUGGCAGAGGACCGGUGUAUCUAUGGGACUCCUACUACCACUGGUAGCCUCCCAUCGACCACUGCGCUCCCACAGGGUGGGCCUCCUCAGGGUGCCGUCGGUUAAGCAGUGCCAGCUGGCGAUCCCCAGGGGGAGGGCCUUCUCUGUGGGGGCCCCUGCCCUCUGGAAUGAGCUGCCUCCAGGGCUUUGUCAACUCCCCGACCUCCGGACCUUCCGCCGUGAGCUGAAGACUCUUAUUCCAUCGUGCAGGGCUAGUUUUAAUAUGAUUUUAAAUUUUUAAAUAGGGUUUUAUUUCUUUUUAAACCUUAUGCCACAUAUUGAAUUAGUUUUUAAAUGGUUUUUUAACUUUUGUUAUAUGUGUUUUAUUCGGGAGAAGGGCGGUAUAAAAAUCUAAUUAAUCUAAUCUAAUCUAAUCUAAUCUAGACAUUUGGGAUAUCAAAAUUAUGGUGGAAUAAUGAGUAAUUUUAAAGUAUUAAAAUAUUAGUGACUUAGUAGGGGAUAACAAAUUAAUGGUGCAAAGAAAUGUUAUUUAGUUUUAAAUGUAUUAAUGGGGAAAAAACGCUAAAGAAUUAUAAAGAGAGAAUAGUAUUGGUAAAGUUGAAAGAUUAGGACUAUGUAUACUUAUUUUUAUACUUACUAUUAUUGUUAACAUUGUUUAAAAAGGACAUUGACCCAGUCAACACACUGUUCACAAAAUAUGUAUGGUAUGGAUAAAAUAAAAUAAAAAACUUGGGGGAAAAAAGAGUAACAACUGGGUUAUGUUGGAGAAGAUAAACAAGCUUUAUGUUUUAAAAACCGAUUUUCUUCAACACUUAGUUGAAAAAACAAUUCUUCCACCAGUAGGCUCUUGUUUUUUUGGUUUUUUUUUUUUUUUUGUA